AAMCCCGAUGCAACUGGACACAGCAGCAGCCCAUCCAUAAUCAGGUCUGUGUGCGCAGCUGUCUCUUCGCGGCGCGUUUCAGUAGUGCGCUAAAAUCGAUAGAUACGGCAAAUAAUCUUUCAAUCGCUUUGGGACGAUAUCGCAGAUGUAGGUGACUAUUUUGCUCCUCUUCUGCCUGCUGGAUCAAACAUAUAGCGGCACAUUGUGCCAGUUCAAAACCAUGCAUCUAUGGAGCUUAUUUCCUAUGUUGCUGUUCUUCCUCGGUGUAAGUUUUCUUCCAGUGAGUCUUGGUGCUCAUGGGAGGUAUGCUCAGAAGUUGCUGACUGAUUUGUUCGCUAACUACACCAACGCUCUGAGACCAGUGGAGGACACGGACCACAUCAUCAAUGUCACACUGCAGAUCACCCUCUCACAGAUAAUCGACAUGGAUGAGCGUAACCAGAUCCUGACCACGUAYCUGUGGAUCCGGCAGGUGUGGACGGACGCCUACCUCACUUGGAAGAAGGAGGACUACGAUGGUCUCGAUACCAUCCGUAUACCUAGUAGUUAUGUAUGGAGGCCUGAUAUUGUCCUAUAUAACAAUGCUGAUGACCAGUUCGCCAGCUCCAUGGAGACCAAUGUGGUGAUCCGUAACGAUGGACAGAUCAUGUGGGACCAGCCGGCCAUCACUAAGAGCUCGUGCUCAGUGGAUGUGUCCUUCUUCCCGUUUGAUGCCCAGCAGUGUCGCCUAACCUUCGGCUCCUGGACACACAACGGCAACCAGAUGGACCUGGUCAACGCCCUGGACAGUGCUGACCUGGCCGACUUCGUGGCCAAUGUAGAGUGGGAGGUACUGGGCAUGCCAGCCAAGAAGAACGUGAUCCUGUACGGCUGCUGCUCGGACCCCUAUCCAGACAUCACCUACACCCUGCACCUGAAACGCAGGGCAUCCUUCUACAUCUUUAACCUGCUCAUCCCUUGUAUGAUGAUCUCCUUCCUGGCCCCGCUGGGCUUCUACCUGCCAGCUGACUCUGGGGAGAAAGUGUCCCUGGGGGUCACCGUGCUGCUGGCCCUGACCGUGUUUCAGCUGCUAGUGGCAGAGAGCAUGCCACCCUCGGAGAACGUACCACUCAUAGGCAAGUACUACAUUGCUACCAUGACGAUGAUCACUGCGUCGACCGCCCUGACCAUCUUCAUCAUGAACAUCCAUCACUGUGGUCCGGAGGCGCGUCCCGUCCCUGAGUGGGCCCGCCGCUUCAUCCUGCACUACCUGGCGCGGAUCUGCUUUGUCUAUGAGGUGGGAGAGAACUGCUUCACCGGCACCCCCAAGAAAAAGGCCCCGCCCGAGCUCCCACCUGACCACAAUAUCAACCCCCAAACCAGAAGUACGAACUGGGAUGUGAAUGGGGAGUCCUUGGGAGGCAUGGGAGGGAUGGGUGGAGAGGAAGGGGUUGGCGUGGGCGUAAAAACACAGAAAGAGGAGGGGGAUAGACUGGAUGUGAAAAGAGGCUCAUACCAAACCUUUGAGCCCAGUUGGUGGAAAGACGACCUGUUUGUGAGUAUAGAUGCUGGAGAGGAGGAGGAGGGAGCAGCAGGAGGUGAGAAAGAAGGAGGAGGAGAGGCAGAAAGAGAGAAGGGUUUCAGAGGAGAAAGUGGGUACAUGGGAGGAGCAGUGGCGGCAGAAAGAGGCAAAGGUGGAGGAGGAGAGAGAGGCUGUGUGGGAGGAGGUGGAGAAAGAAGGAAAGGAUCAUUAGGAGGCGCAGAGGCUAGGGUUAGGAGGGAGGUGGUGGUGAGGGCCCAGUGUGUGUGUCAGCACCAAGCGCUAUGCAGGAACAUCGAGUACAUCGCCAGCUGCUACCACGACCAGCGCUCCACCCAGAGACGUACGGGUGAGUGGAGGAAGGUGGCCAAGGUUAUGGACCGACUCUUCAUGUGGCUCUUCUUCAUCAUGGUCUUCCUCAUGAGCCUCCUCAUCAUGGGCAAGGCUGUCUGAGCACGUGCAGAGAGAAGAGGGAGAAGGCUCCGGGUACAAGUUACCCUUAGGCACAGAUCUAGGAUCAGAUCAUACCCUUCCCAAAUACUGACCCUAACCAUUAAGGGGGAUCCCAAACAGACCUUAGCUCAGUUUCUAAUGGCAACUUUAUCCUACUCCGAGGGGUAGUAGCGGCCAACUAAACCAUUCACAGAGUUUACCACAGGAGAUACUGUGUAUGUGGAAAUGUGUUUUUGUACCUAGUGUACUAGCUGUUUAUGUUCCAAGGCUGUGAUGAAGAGGAUUAAUUGGAGGAUAAUCUCUUGAUACAGAGGUGGGCAACUUGGCAGUUCCUCUGUAUCAUCACCAUACAUAUGUUUUCUACGUGGAUCUAAAGUAUUUGUAGAGGAGACAGGAACACACUUAAUCUGUGGAAUGGAGCCAAAGCAUAUCUUCUGCCACUCUGAGACUAUUAUCAACACACACAUGCAAACAAUCAAUCAACUAAAUGUAUAUAUAAAGCCCUGUUUACAUCAGCAUUUGUCACAAAGUGGUCAUACAGAAACCCGGCCUAAGACCCAAAAGAGCAAGCAAUGCAGAUAUAGAAUCACGGUGUCUAGGUAAAACUACCUAGAAAGGCAGAACCUAGGAAGAAACCGAGAGAGGUACAGUCCUCUUC